AUGCCACAAUCCUGCACAGAAAGGCUCAACGGCUCUGUGAGAACCUACAGUAUGGCGAAUGACCUCAAGUUGACCGUUCCAAGAUGGCGGCCGCAUCUACCGCGGAUACCGAAGGCAACGGCGCGCUGGCUGAAUGACCGGCUCUGUGGCUCUGUGGUUUUGUGCGCCAGUAGCGUAGCUGCAGCCGCCAGGCCUGUGUUCGCAUCAUUUACAAUUUCCUCAGCAGCCAGUGCUCCAGUAACGACAGGACCUCCACAAGGGCAGCCGCUGCCUCCAGAAUAUGGACCUCCACCUUAUGAAGCCACACUACAACCUGGCUUUGUUCCACCACAUGUCCCAGGAGAAGGUCCCAUGCCUAAGCAUGUGCAUAUGCCAAUGCCCAUGCUUCAUCCUCACGGUGGUUACUAUGCUCCACCUGGGCACUUUCCUCAUCCGAUAGCAGAGCAGUAUGGCCCAGGGCCCAGUCACUUUGCUCCAGGCCACACAGCCACAGUUCUCGCCCCUCCUGGUGCCGCCACCACCACCGUGACUGUUCUACAGGGGGAGAUGUUCCAAGCGGCUCCAGUGCAGACGGUUUGUCCACACUGCCAGCAACCCAUCAUUACCUGCAUCAGCCACGACAUCGGCCUCACAAAUACUCUUAUCUGUAUGUUCUGCUUCUUUGUCGGUUGUGAUCUAGGUUGCUGCUUGAUCCCCUGUUUGAUUGAUGACCUCAAGGAUGUGACACACACUUGCCCGAACUGCAAGGGCUAUAUUUACACAUAUAAGCGCAUAUGCUAACAGUUUAUCCCAUCAACAAUCAUGCUGUCACCUCAUUCUGGUGGGUGUAGACGACCCGUUUUCAUUUGUUCUCUGUGUUCAUUUUGCCUCAGCGGACAGUUCAUAUUUCCAGCCACCUCUCACUUCAUGUAAGUAUUGAUUCUCAUAUAUAUAUAUUUUACAGGCACUUGACAUAGUUACUGAUGCCUCUAAAAUUAAGCAGAGGUGAUUAGCAGAGGUGAUUGAAGGAUUGGUACAUUUUAUAUGCACAAUGGUCAGUUACAUUGUGUCAUCCAAGCACUAUUUUUAUUUUAGCAGUAGAGUGUAUACAUUUAGCGAAUAUGUAAAAACAUUAACCUUGAAAAGCUCAUUUGUGAAUAUUACUGGGUUGCGAAGCUAAAUUAAGUUCACUUCAGGGUCAGUAUGGUUGGAUUGUAGGAUUAUUAUUUUAUGCAUUAUUGUUUUAUUUUAACAUAUUAAAUUAAAGUCUUUCAUGGCUGGGUCUGGGACUUUUGAAGUCCUGGAGUAAUGUUGUUGCUUUUACAUGUGAAAAUGUCUCUAUAUUUGGCAUGUUAUGCAAAUGUUAUGGGAAUUGUUUUCUUUUACUUUUGUUUUCAAUUUCUUAUAUUUGUUGAUAAGACUCAUUUCAAGUAGAUUUGAUAUAUGCUUAUCAAUGUAACAGGCAUUGUUGUAAUGAUGUGUCAUUUUAGAUGAAGGAUUUGUAUUGAUAAAGGGAUCUGUAUGUCCAUCUAAAUCUCCUUUGAAUAAUUUAGAGGUGCUAGAUAGCUUUCAUUAAAGUUCAUGGUGUUUUAAAGGAAUAGUUCACCCAGAAAUGAAAAUUUGCUGAAAAUGUAUUCACUCUCAGGCCA